ACGGCUCCUCCAGCUUUGGUUUCAGUUCAAUUUCAUCAGUCGACCUCGCCGGUUCUGUUUGUAUCUUCAAAAUACCCACAUUUUCAGACCAAUUAAGCCCUUUAUUGUUGCUGUUUUUGUUUUUUUUUACUGUGUUCCGCUGUGAACCCCAAUUUUUUGUCUUCGAGCCGUAAUUAACGUGGGAUAACCAGUGGUAUCGACGUCUUUGGCUAAAAAAAAACAGCUGUGUGUUAACAAAGUUCGGCCAGAACAAACUUUUCAGCAGAAACGGCCACGUUUGUUUGGAUUUUGACUCGUUUAAGGCAAACUCUACCUUGAGCUUCCAGCAAGUCCUGGCUCCUGUUUGGUGUUCUGCUUGCCUUCACAAUCGCCGCCAGCUGGCCGACGGGGACAUCGGCACUGCCACGUCGUUCCCGUGGCUCGGAGCUAGCUAUCCAUAAAAGGGGAGACGCCACCAGUACAGGUACAGAGACAUCACUGCCAUACGUACACUUGCCACACCGGCGACGACCCCACCCCACCGCCAAUCCUGUGAAGCGUUUUCGGAGACAUCGUCGCACCACCCGAAACCUGAAAUCUGAAAUCUUCCCAACCACACCACGGUCCGUGGAGGAGGAGAUUUUGGAGCCCAGUUUCCGGAAUAUAUCGAUGAUCGGCACCUCCACCCGGGGAAAGUGUGCUCGGAAAAUGUCGAACGCCCCGCUGAACGCCGCUCUGCUGAGGAAUGCCUUCGAGGUGGUCCAGGACACCAAGGAGGCCAUCAUCUGUCUCACCGAUGAAUGGUUGGACUACACUUGCAACAAGACUAUGGAGCAGGCGCUGCACGAAACCAAACUGCAUCGGCUGUAUCUGGAGCAUCCUCUCAAGAACGAGGUGGCCCAGGUGCAGUUCAUCGACAAGGCCUUCGAGUAUCAUGGUGAAGUGGGCGGUGUUGACCAGGAGAUGCCACGGAUUCUGGCCGCUCUCAAUGUCCUUGAUGAUUUCGUGAAGCAUCUGAAGCUAACUGGAGAAUUUGCAUCUGCCUCAAGGGAAUAUACUCACAAGCACAUCUCCGAAAAGGUCAGUCACAAUGUGGUUAAGGCUUUGGAGCUGUCCCAGUUGGAGGAGUGUGCCACACCGGACUACAAGUUCAAUGAGAGGCAUGCCACACUGCAGUUCGCCGCCUACGCCGAGACCAUCAAGGUCCUGACCAUCGUCGAGCGCAUCUACGGCAAGUGGACGGAGGACUAAAAAGUCCACGGAUUUAAUUGGAACUUCAAGAAGAGAGAAAAAAAAAAGAAAAACAAAUACAAAACGACCAUUGCAAUCUCAAAGCUGCUAGGCUAGGUAAUCCCACCCAGACCCCCACUCUUAGCUAUAAAUUAUUUAUUUAACUUAUUAUUCCACACGAAAAAACAAAAAAAAACCCAACGAAUUAUUUAUAUCCAUAACACCAUCCCCACCCCCACCCCAUUACAUAAUGCACUCUAUUUAUAAACAUCC